UUGCCCAUCCCUCCUCAAAAACACUCACCAUCUUCCCCGCAGAUUUGAAACUUGUCGAGCACCACCACAAACAAUGGACAGAGAGUGGGGUUCGAAGCCUGGAGGCGGAGGCGCCGCCUCCGCCCAGAACGAGGCCAUCGACCGCCGCGAGCGUCUCCGCCGACUCGCCCUAGAAACCAUCGAUUUAGCUAAAGAUCCCUAUUUCAUGCGAAACCACCUCGGAAGCUACGAGUGUAAACUAUGUUUAACACUGCAUAACAACGAGGGGAAUUACUUAGCGCAUACUCAGGGAAAGCGCCACCAGACCAACUUGGCUAAGCGAGCCGCUCGUGAAGCCAAAGAAGCUCCCGCUCAGCCGCAGCCUCAUAAGCGCAAAGUUUCCCUCAAGAAAAACGUUAAAAUCGGUAGACCUGGAUAUCGUGUUACUAAGCAAUUCGACCCCGAGACCAAACAGAGGUCGCUGCUUUUCCAGAUAGAAUACCCCGAGAUUGAAGAUAAUACAAAACCAAGGCAUCGGUUUAUGUCAUCCUUUGAGCAGAAACUUCAACCGUUUGAUAAAAGAUAUCAGUUUCUUCUGUUUGCUGCUGAACCAUAUGAAAUUAUAUCUUUUAAGGUUCCAAGUACAGAGAUCGAUAAAUCAACUCCCAAGUUCUUCUCCCACUGGGAUCCCGACUCAAAGAUGUUCACGUUGCAGUUGUACUUCAAGAUAAAGCCACCAGAGGCUAAACCCCCACCUCCUCCUCCUACCGCUAACGGGACAGCAGGCGCACCGCCAGCUAGGCCUUUGCCUCCACCACCCCAAGGUCCGCCGCCACCUCCACCACAAGGACCCCCUCCUUCGUCUGUGAUGGGCAAUGGACCAAGGCCUAUGCCGCCAGGUGGGAAUAUGCCUGCUCAACCACCACCACCAGUCGGCGGUGGUCCUAUGGCAAAUUUUACACCUGGUGGCCAGAUGGGAAGGCCGCCGCCUCCUAUGAUGCCUCCUCAAGGGUUUCAAAUGCAGGGCCAGGGGCCAUACCCCCCACCGCCUCCUCCCCCGAACAUGGGUUGACUCUGUCUCCUGCAUUCUCUAUUACAACCACAAGCAGAUAACCGUCGGGUCAUUAUAUAGCGUGUACGCCAUUUCAACUCGAUGCGAACUGAAAGCUAUGGAAAACCUUCAUUAAUGAAUGUGAUACUAAGAUGGGUAGAGAUUUUGUUGAAUAUGGUAGCAGUUAAUGGUAGUUUUAUUAUGAUUUUCUGGGUUGUAGUUCGGAGUUCCGUUUGUGCAAAGCCACUCUACUUCUGAAGGCAAAAUUACCUUUGAACUUGAUUGUAUUUAAGAUUCUUGGCUAUGAGCAAUUGUUGAAGUUUAUCGGAUAUUGUUUUUUUGUUCGCCUCAAAA